UUGCGGUGGAUCCUGGGCGGAUCCAAAAUGGCGGCGGUUUCAUGGGCCCUAGCAGUAAAACCGAGCAGCGAGUGAAUGAAGUCAGCUGAUCUCAGCCUGCUGUCACGCAUCGCAGCAACCACCAUUUCUCUCUUGAGGCAACACGGCAAAGCACCAGGCGUUAGUCUAAUAAUCCAGCGAAGAUGGACAUGUCCAAGCUGCCCAAGAUCAGGGAUGAGGAGAGAGAGAGCCAGUUUGGAUACGUCCACGGAGUCUCCGGACCAGUCGUGACUGCCACGGCCAUGGCUGGAGCGGCCAUGUACGAGCUCGUCCGUGUGGGCCACAGCGAGCUGGUGGGAGAGAUUAUCAGGUUGGAGGGAGACAUGGCAACAAUUCAGGUCUACGAGGAGACGUCCGGUGUGUCCGUUGGAGAUCCUGUGCUGCGGACAGGGAAGCCCCUCUCUGUUGAGUUGGGCCCAGGAAUCAUGGGCUCCAUCUUUGACGGUAUCCAACGACCCCUGAAGGACAUCAAUGACCUCACAAAAAGUAUCUACAUUCCCAGAGGUGUGAACAUCGGUGCACUCAACCGAGACCUCAAGUGGGAGUUUUCUCCCAGCAAGAGUCUGCGGGUUGGCAGCCACAUGACAGGAGGAGACAUCUACGGCAUGGUGUACGAGAACUCCCUCAUUAGGCACAAGAUCAUGCUGCCUCCCAAAAACCGGGGCACCGUCACCUACGUGGCUCCACCUGGAAACUACGACGUUACUGAUGUGGUCAUGGAGCUGGAGUUCGAGGGGGUGAAGGAGAAGUUCACCAUGGUGCAGGUGUGGCCUGUCAGACAAGUGCGACCCGUCACAGAGAAGCUGCCCGCCAACCACCCGCUGCUGACUGGACAGAGGGUGCUGGAUGCCCUUUUCCCGUGUGUGCAGGGAGGAACCACCGCCAUCCCAGGAGCCUUUGGUUGUGGCAAGACUGUCAUCUCCCAGUCCUUGUCCAAGUACUCCAACAGUGAUGUCAUCGUCUAUGUAGGAUGUGGGGAGCGCGGUAACGAGAUGUCAGAAGUACUGAGAGACUUCCCAGAGCUGACUAUGGAAGUGGAUGGGAAGAUAGAGAGCAUCAUGAAGAGAACGGCCCUGGUGGCCAACACCUCCAACAUGCCCGUAGCUGCCAGAGAAGCCUCCAUCUAUACAGGAAUCACUCUGUCUGAGUACUUCAGAGACAUGGGAUACAACGUGAGCAUGAUGGCCGACUCCACGUCCCGUUGGGCCGAGGCUCUCAGGGAGAUUUCAGGCCGUCUGGCUGAGAUGCCUGCUGACAGCGGUUAUCCCGCCUACCUGGGCGCCCGCCUCGCCUCCUUCUACGAGCGUGCCGGCAGGGUGAAGUGCCUGGGCAACCCUGAGAGGGAGGGCAGCGUCAGCAUCGUGGGAGCUGUAUCGCCUCCUGGUGGUGACUUCUCUGACCCCGUUACUUCAGCCACGCUUGGUAUCGUGCAGGUGUUCUGGGGUCUAGAUAAGAAGCUCGCUCAGAGGAAGCACUUCCCUUCUGUGAACUGGCUCAUCAGCUACAGCAAAUACACUCGCGCUUUAGAUGAAUAUUACGACAAGCACUUCCCUGAGUUUGUGCCCCUGCGCACCAAGGCGAAGGAGAUCCUUCAGGAGGAGGAGGACCUGGCUGAGAUUGUGCAGCUUGUUGGAAAGGCAUCGCUGGCCGAGACGGAUAAAAUCACCCUGGAAGUAGCCAAACUGAUCAAAGACGACUUCCUGCAGCAGAACGGUUACACUCCCUACGACAGGUUCUGUCCCUUCUAUAAGACCGUGGGGAUUCUCUCCAACAUGAUUUCCUUCUACGACAUGGCGAGGCACGCCGUCGAGACCACGGCUCAGAGUGACAACAAGAUCACCUGGGCCAUGAUCAGGGAGCACAUGGGAGACAUCCUCUACAGGAUCAGCUCAAUGAAGUUCAAGGACCCGGUGAAGGACGGCGAGGCUAAGAUCAAGGGCGAGUACGCUCAGCUGCUGGAGGACAUGCAGAACGGCUUCCGUACGCUGGAGGAGUAGGCCUCCCAUCUCUCACAGCAGAAUCACAUUCCACCCUGUCAUAUCCCCAAAGCCUGCGUGUUCCCCUGUGCUACUGUUGUGGGUGAUGUGUUUACACAAUUUCAUGUGGAGGGAAAAGAGAAAGAUGUACUGUAUUCAUUAGUAUUUGUUGCCUCAUAUCGGCUGACUCUGGAUCCUCUGCAUGGUCAUUGAAAGAGUGUUUGCAAGCGUGUGUGUGUGUGUGUGUGUGUGUGUGUGUGUGUGUGUGUGUGUGUGUGUGUGUGUGUGUGUGUGUGUGUGUGUGUGUGUGUGUGUGUGUGUGUGUGUGUGUGUGUGUGUGUGUGUGUGUGUGUGUGUGUGUGUGUAUGAAAGAGAGAUCUCUUCACCUCGUUUCUUUCAGAUUUCCGUGUGUAACCGUGUUGCUUCUCCCUGGAAAUUGCUGUUUGGUUGAUGUAUUGUAAUUCAUAGACCAUCUGUACAGAAGAGUAUUGAAUAUAAAUUUAAUAAGGUCAGUCUAUUUAUUGCCAGCAUAACAACGCAACGCAAAAGUUUUUGUUCUCUCUCUUUGUUUUUAUGCUUGUUUCAUGCUGUGCCGUGUUGUGAACUUUGCUGUGUGAAUGUUUAGGGAUCAACGCUCUGCUGUCCAAUACUUUAGUCAUGUUUCGCCCAAAGAAUAAAAUCACGGGGAAAGAAACAAACAGUGUCUGUCUGUUUGUUUUGCGCCGUAGUUUAAUGAUGCUGUCAAACUGGUCUCUCUACAUAUCAGCAAUUCUCUGUACGUAAGUCUCCUGCACCCUGUUCUCAAAAUAAAAACAUCUUUUUAAAGGGC